AUGGCGUCCCUUUUCCGAACAUUGACGCUAUCGGCGAGCGCGUUUUCAUCACGCGCCCUCUUCGCCGCACCCGCGUCCUUCCUGGCCGGCGGCAGGGUCGCCGGCGCCUUGUCACCGUUUUCGCGGGCCUUGGCCGUCGUCACCACCACGACGCAGGUGCGCGGCAUGAAGGUGCACAGCUCCGUCAAGAAACGCUGCGAGCACUGCAAGGUUGUCCGACGCAAGGCCGGCAAGAGACACAACGGCUACUUGUACAUUAUCUGCAAGGCGAACCCGCGACACAAGCAACGACAGGGUUGA